AACAAACGGUCCAUUUCAUUCCCCUCCCGCAAAAGCUACGCCUCAACAGAAACACGAAAACUCUUUCCAUUUCUUCACGAGAAAAGAAGAAAGCAUGAGCAACGAAUACGAUUAUUUGUUCAAGCUUCUGUUAAUCGGUGACUCCUCUGUCGGCAAAUCUUGUCUUCUUCUCAGAUUCGCUGAUGAUUCCUACGUUGACAGUUACAUUAGCACCAUAGGAGUUGAUUUCAAAAUUAGGACAAUAGAGCUGGAUGGGAAGACAAUCAAGUUGCAAAUUUGGGAUACUGCAGGCCAGGAGCGUUUCCGCACCAUCACGAGCAGUUACUAUCGAGGAGCACAUGGGAUCAUUAUUGUGUAUGAUGUGACUGAGAUUGAGAGCUUCAACAAUGUUAAGCAAUGGCUUAAUGAGAUUGACCGAUAUGCAAAUGAUAAUGUGUGCAAACUUUUAGUGGGGAACAAAUGUGAUCUAGUAGAGAACAAAGUUGUGGACACACAAACAGCAAAGGCAUUUGCAGACGAGCUUGGGAUUCCUUUCCUCGAGACAAGUGCCAAAGAUGCUAUCAAUGUAGAGCAGGCUUUCUUAACUAUGGCCGGGGAGAUUAAGAAAAAAAUGGGUAACCAGCCAAGUGCAAACAAGAAGUCGACUAACACAGUUCAAAUCAAGGGACAGCCAAUUGAGCAGAAGAGCAACUGUUGUAGUUAAUUGUAGUUAUUUGCAUUUCCUUUUAUGUUGAAAGUAACUUUAAACAGAUAAUCGACUUCUAACAAAAUUCUCUUUAUGGAAUUCUGGUGAACGCUGUUUACUCCCUUUUUAAUGGUUUCUGAUUCUAUUUGA